UUUUAAAUGUAAAUGUAAAGAUAACUGGAUGAAUUGCACUCUGAACUUUCACAAAGUGUAAUUUAAAACAAAGACCACCACCCAGCCACGAAAAACCGAUUGCAUAGACUUAGUCACAACUUUAAGUUCCCGUUGAACUAGAUGUGAACUAUCAGGUCAUUUCUACCCAUAUAAUUUCCUCAUUUUGUGGAUGUAACAAGACUAAAAGCUCUAUAAAUAUCCAGUGAUUCUGCAGUAAGGACUGAAGGUGCUGGCUGGCUAAGAAGGCAGAUCAUUCUCCAUCAGCUUGCAAAUCUGCAUCGUGUCGUCAUCUGCACCAUGAAGUUGUUGGCUGUGUUCUUCCUCCUUUUCUCCAUAAUGGAGAAAUGUUCACUGGCACAUGGUGACGAACAAGUUAAUUUGCUAAGGAGAUCUGUUGAGUGUCCCACUGACUGGACUGCAAUCAACGAUCGCUGUUUCCGCUACGUUGCCGAUGUCAAGACUUGGGCUGCAGCUGAGAAACACUGUCUGUACUUGGGGGCAAACCUUGCAUCAGUUCACAGCCAGGAGGAUAACCAUCAUCUUCAAGCUCUGAUAUUUACGGCAACUCGAAAGUCCAACAAAGCAUGGAUUGGAGGCUCUGAUGGACAGGAGACAAACACUUGGUUGUGGAGCGAUGGAAGCCCUAUGGCCUACACAAACUGGUGUCCAGGACAGCCUAAUAAUGCAUUUCGCCUUCAGCACUGCAUUCAGAUGAACUAUUCAAAAAAAAAGUGCUGGGAUGACGUGAAGUGUUCUACUUUGCUGCCUUCCAUCUGCGUCAAGAAAAACUCGCCACCCAAAGGGGCUGAGGCUUAAAACAGAUCCAGUGGAGGAUGACUGCUCAGUGCUUCUUUUUUCCUGCCAAAUAAAAAACUAAAUAAAAAUUGUGAAAUGAGAAA